CCACUAGAUAUUGAUCGAUUCAUUCGCUGACAUACUACGUCACAGUCGAAAUGGUAGCCUAGCCCACAUUCAUCUGCGCUCUUCCUUUCUCGCUGCCCUCUUGCAUCUUCACUCUUUCAUCCACAAUAAUUUGUUCACUUUAAUCUUCACUCUACGAUUCUCAAAUUUAUCUACUUUCCCCGUCCAAUUUUGUCAGAAAUUUGCAUUUCUCACAAGAAUUUGCGGCAAUCACAAUGCCAUUUGAGAACACCAUCCACCAGCUCAAACACAGAUGGGACAUCUUGUUAGUGGAGUGGAGACGGCGCCGCUACAGCAACUCGCACGAUCCCCGACUCAUCCAUACCAAACUCAAGGGCAAAACGCUCUUGUCGUUGAGAGCAUUUCCCCACGAUGAGUACCACCUCAAACCAGGCGAGUUUUUGACUUUGGCUCCCAGGGCCAAAAUUGUCCCCGAAUUUGCCCUGCCAGUCUUCGAGGACUUUGGAGAUGUCUUUGUUCCUGUGGCUCCAAGCUCUCCUCUUGCGUUCACCUCUCCCACCCUUGUUUCGUUACAGGAGGAAUCUUCCCGCUGUGAGAGCAUCUGCCAACCACUGGAACCACCAAAAAAACUGUACCCAAAAAUGGCCCAAUGGCCCCCGUUGGAGCCGACUGCCAAACAGGAUCCCCAAUUACUAACUACAAGUGUCGGGUUUGAGGUCAACGGCCACGAAGCCUUCCAUUGGUCCUUUGUGGAGGUUUCGCACCACCAGUGCCCGGCCCGGGCACCAGUACAGAGCCCAAUACCAAACGGUAGAUGUCCCAGUGGUGGUGCAAUCCAUACCAAAGACUGGGAUAGGAAGGUCGUUGCUGGAGAUGUCCUGCUGGAAGUAGCUCACUCUGUCACUGUCCAGCUGGUCCCAAACAUACCCAAUUAUGUCUUCUGUCUGGUAGAUGCAAAAAACAAGGAGAACAAAGAUUUUUUUGCAAUCAAUUUGGAGCCUGCCAGGACCCUCUACACCAAGCUGAGUAGCCUGCAGCCCCAGAAUGGCAAAACGACACUGGAACUGCCACUGUCUGCCACCAGGCCUAUUCUGGCUCAGUACUACAACCAUGGGCACGUGAGCCUAUGCCACAAUUCCUCUCAAGACAGCUAGUCCCAUGCGAAAACAGCCCCCAGUGCACAUCCAGACAGCCAGAGACAGCCAUUGGUCUGUGUGUAACCCCCCCACUGCUGUCCAGCACCCCCAACUGCUGUUGGAGCCCCAUCUCCGCCGUGGCACCACUUCUCGUAUCGAACCUCUCCACAGACACUAGAUAGUGUCCUGCAGACAAGCCGGUAAUUCGCCUAGUCCUCAUUGGCCAGUCCUCAGAAAAAUCACCAUAAAUUUUCAAAACCCAAUCUACCAACUAAACAACCUCAACUAUAAUGAUUCGUGGAUCCGGUGUUCGUUCUGCUGUUAAGCAAUUUGCAUCUCGUCGUUUCGUCUCGACCGCCAACGCCCAAACCAAGUACACCACCUUAAGCAACGGUGUCACUGUGGCCAGUGAAGUCAACCCUCAUGCCACCUCCUCCACCGUGGGUUUGUACUUCGGUGCUGGUUCCAGAGCUG